UAACUAGCUGACGGGUUUUCUGAGAAAGAAAAGAAACCGUUUGGUUCAGACCGGAAGCUGUUGCUCUGAGCAGUUUAUUUGCAGCACAGUUUUGAAGAAAGCCAAAAACUUGGGAAUUUACCAGCCUGGGUCACUGUGUGGGAUGAGUCCUGUUCUUGGAUCACUCGCAAGAUAGGUAUUAACAGGCUUGUAACUGGCUAGGCAAGAAGAAGAAAAAUGGAUUCACGAAACACUCCCUAUCGCUCAGAAGUGGCCCGCUGGUCCCCAGAUGAGUUAGCUAACUACUUCAAGAGGCAGUUAAACUUCAAGGACUGUGAGAAAGUUGCAAGGAAAUACAACAUAACUGGACAAAGAUUUCUGAAUAUGUCUGAAAAUGAUAUUCAGAAGUUUCCAAAGCUAAGAAUGCCAAUUCUAAGCAAGUUAAGUCAGGAAAUAAACCGACAUGAAGAAAGAAAAAGUUUUUUUCCAAAAAGCAGGUCACAAACACAGAAGGUACCUGAAAAUCCAGAAUAUAGACAAGAUGAAGGUGAUGGUUGGUCUUCCUUUGAUGAAAGUGAUGAUGAUUAUGAAAGCCCAGAUGACCAGGAGCAUGAAGAUGGUGUGGACUAUGAAACACCCAAUGAUCAAGAUGGUGCUGAAGAUGAAGCAGAUUAUGAACCUCCUCCAUCAAAUGAUGAUGACACACAUCGAAACACCUUAUUUCCUCCCACUUUAAUACCAGCUGCCUCAGAAUACAUAGAUCGACAUCCAGCAGAAAGAUCUAAAAUAUCUACUCAGCCUCCCAUUCCACCAAAAAGGCCUGAAUCUUCCCCUGUACCACCAAGUGGAGGCAGAAGCCCUGGGCAGCCACAUUUCCUUUCUCCUUCAAGCAAUAAUGAGAGUAUCAGAGAAAAAAGCAUCAAACCCUUUACUCCUCCUUCUAUAGAUCGAAGCAAAAAGCCCCCACUGGAAAAAUCUGGGCCUCCAUUUGACAGAGACAUCCUACGAUCAGGCAAAAUGCCUUUGACCCCUCAGCUGAGAAAAGAGUUAGAAAAGAUACAAAAGCCUCCAGUACCAUCAGCUGAUAGCUAUGACAGAAACAGUGCUGCCUCUAGAAGGAUGCCACCACCUAUAAAGAACAAUCAGAUAGCUGAAAGGAAGACAGAAAUGGAAGAUGGCAAUAUUCUCCACAGGUCAGUUCCCCAGCCAUUUUUGCAAUGUAACACUUUUCCAAUCAGAUCUCCUAAGCCACAUUCUAAACAGAGCCUUUUACCAUCCAAGACGAUACCUGGUGCAGAAAGCACUCUUUCAUCAAGUGGAUCACUACCACCACAUUUUCAGCCAAGUAAUAUUGGCAGAACUGCUUCAAAAGGCCCUGCUGAUGGCAGACCACCAUUACCAAUUCCUAACAGACAGUUCACACAUUCUCUCAAUGUUGAAAAUGAAGCAAUGGAUCAGUACCACAAGUAUAACCAGCUCCCACUAAAUCAGGAAUGGUAUGCUGCUGAUGUAACCCGGACAGAUGCAGAAGCUGCUCUUAGGACCAUAAACCAGGAUGGCACUUUCUUAGUAAGAGACAGCUCAACGAAGGCUGCUGAUCAACCCUAUGUCUUGAUGGUUCUUUACAGUGCUAAAGUAUACAAUAUUCCAAUACGUUUCCGACAGGAAGAUAAAGUGUAUUUCUUAGGAACUAGCUCAAAAGCGAAUGAGGAUUUUGCUUCAGUGGCUGAUAUAAUUGAUUACUUCAGAAAAAUGCCUCUUCGACUGAUAGACGGAAAGGAUCGGUGUUCAAGAAAGCAGUGCUUGCUGACAUAUACGGCUGGAUCUCUUUAAAAGAUAACAGAAAAUUUCCUGGAAGAUCACCUAUUUAUCUUUGAAAGAGAAAGCCAGAAGAGUAACUGAUUUAUAUUUGGUGAACUUCUCUUAUUUUCAUGUUAAAAUGCAAGGUCAUUUCUUGCCUUAAG